AGACUCCAGAGACCUUCUGGAGGCUCAGGAAACCUUUGCAGGUGUUUGGAAGUAAUUGGCUGAUUAAGGUGGAACAUCAUGUGUUUAAAAUAUUGAACUUCUUCAAUUAAUUUAAAUUUUCUGAGACGCUGAAUUUGGAUUUUUAUUCUGUCAGCCAGAAUCAUCAGGAAAUAAAGGCUUGAAAUAUUUCACUCUUUGUGGAAUAAAUCUAUAGAAUGAGUUUCACUUUCUGACAUCAGUGACAACAAUUACUGACAUUUCUCACAAUAUUAGAAGCUUUUGAGCCGUACAUGCAAGUGUUCGGCGUGCGUCAUGACGUCACAGCCGGUCUUAGUAGGUGAUGACGUAGAAGGCAGAAGUCGUCGGUGACCGGGCGGAAAGAGGGCGAGCGUCCUGCACGAGGACAGGUGAAUCACCAUGACAACAGAGCCAAGGGACGCCCAGCCCCUGGAGGCAGAGUCUUUACCUGAAGCUGCCGCCCACUCAACACCAAAACAGGGAAGGGAGGGGGGAGCAUCCCAUAGCCUAGCUCAGAGCUCAUUGGCUGAGGACUCGAGCAGUCACCUGUCAUCGAACAGUCACAUCGCUCGCUCUCCGGCCAGAAACGUGCUGAGCUUCAGGACCAUGCAGACCAGGGUGACGUUGCUGGAUGGGACGCUGUUUACCUGCAUUGUGGAGAAACGAGCUCGGGGUCUAUACCUGUUUGAGAAGGUUUGUGAACACCUCAACCUGCUGGAGAAAGACUACUUCGGACUGUCCUUCAGAGAUGCAGACAACAACAAGAACUGGUUGGAUCCGGCCAAGGAGAUCAAGAAGCAGGUCAGAGGUGUUCCCUGGAGCUUCGCCUUUAAUGUAAAGUUUUACCCUCCUAACCCGGUCCAGUUGUCUGAGGACAUAACCAGGUAUUUCCUGUGUUUGCAGCUCAGACAGGAUAUUGUUUCCGGACGUCUUCCUUGUUCUUUUUCAACUCACACCAUCCUUGGUUCCUACACAGUUCAGUCGGAGCUUGGCGACUACGAUCCCGAUGAAUGCGGUCCAGACUAUGUCAGUGAGUUGUGUUUUGCUCCAAACCAAACCAAAGAGAUGGAGGCGAAGAUCAUGGAGCUGCACAGAACCCUCAGAGGAAUAAGUCCAGUUGAAGCCGAGAUGCACUUCCUGGAAAAUGUAAAGAAGCUCUCCAUGUAUGGAGUGGACCUGCAUCAUGCAAAGAUGGCAGGAAGCCGCUUUGCCUGCUUAUCUGCUAAGUCAGAGGACUCUGAGGGCAUGGCUAUCAUGCUGGGCGUGUGCAACAGUGGGCUCCUGGUGUACAGAGAUAGACUGAGAAUCAACAGGUUCUCGUGGCCAAAGAUCCUGAAGAUUUCCUACAAACGGAACAACUUUUACAUCAAAAUCCGACCUGGAGAGUUUGAGUCCAUCAUAGGUUUUAAACUGCUGAACCACAGAGCAGCCAAGAGGCUGUGGAAGGUCUGUGUGGAACAUCACUCCUUCUUCAGGCUGUUGUCUCCUGAAGAACUGCCAAAGAAGUUUCUGUCUCUGGGUUCAAAGUUUCGCUACAGCGGUCGGACUCAGAUUCAGAGCCGCAGAGCCAGCGCUCAGAUAUCCAGACCUGCUCCCAACUUCCCACGAUGCAUCAGCAAGAGGAACAUGCUGAGCCGUAGCCUGGACGGAGCUUCCAGGACCACAGCCUCCUCUUCUCUUAUUGGCUCUCCUGCCAUCACCGUGUCGCCCAAAGCCAACGGUCGUGCACACUCAGAUAUGGGCUCAGGACUGUAUGGAGCAUCCAAAGCCAUCGCCAUUAGUGACCACAUCACCACAGUAACGCCUGAGAGGAGGAUGGAGGACAGGAGGGAGGAGCCAGCUGAGGAGGUUCUGUUGCUGCUGCUGGAGGAGGAGACACGAGAGGAGCAGCAGCCCACAGAGAAGGAUAUGAGAGCUACAGAGGUUUCUCCAGAAAGUCCUCCAACUCCACAGAAACAGGACACUAAAACCGAGCUGACCGACACAGCCGUUGAUGGAGACCUGACUGUGACCGAGUCUGAUCAGGAUGAAGAUCUGAGAACUCAGGAGACGUUGGGCAGUCCUGAGGAGAACCUUCAGACCACCAUCAGUGCUCUGAGACGCUCCUUCCUGGAGGGAGACCAAGGUGGUGGCGGAAUGACAGAGUGGGAAAAACGUCUGGCCUCGUCUCCUCUUCGUAGAGCUGAUGAGGCUCCAAUGAUCGAACCUCUGGAGCUGGAGGAGGAAGGGGGUGGGUUUGUGGCAAACCAAGCAGCUGCACAGCACCACACAAUGGGACGGAGUUAUGACACAACCACAGGCAGAGUCCUCUCCAUGUUGACUGAAGAUGAUGUCACCAUGACAACGGCAAGCGUUAAGCUUAGUCACCUUGACAGAUGCAUCCCAGUGUGUGCCACUGAUGAUGUCAUCACAGGAGGACCACUGGGCACUCUUCAUGAGGUGAAGACUCCAACUUCACCUCUGGAGUCGCUGCCUGCUGUCUAUGAUGUCACCAGCAGGGAUGGGGGAGGAGUCUUUGUGAUGUCAUCUCUGGCUCCUCUGACUCUUCCUAAAUCACCUCUUGGCGGAUUAGGCCCCACCCCCAGGGCAUCGCCUUCCACGACCAGACUGCCCAAACCGCCAUUUGAUGAGAUGUCACCAGAGCUGACGGCUCUGCUGAGGUCAGCCAGGGAACAAGAGACCUUCAGAGAACACAACCUGCUAAAGACUUCAGAGAAAGUGGAGAAAGUCUUCAUCCUCCCAGAGUCCAGGGAUGAAGACCAGGCAGUCGCGGAUCACUAUAAGGAGGUCCCGGUGAUGAGGAAGACUCUGACAUACGAAGCUCCAGGGAGUCGAGUGGACUUUGAUCCCCCCGCCGGUCUGCUGCUGAGCUCCCAGACCUUUACUGCAGAGACUUCCACCACCACCACCACCACGCACAUCACCAAGAUGGUGAAAGGAGGAGUUUCGGAAACCAGAGUGGAGAAAAGAAUUGUUAUUUCUGGAGAGACUGAAGAAGACCAUGAACAGGCCAUGGCAGCUGCCCUCAGUGAGGCUCGGAGGCAGCAUCCUGAACUGUCUGUUACCAGGGUAGUUGUCCAUAAAGAAACUGAGGUCUCCCCUGAUCACAUGAUCAAUUAAUGACAUCACAGGACUGAAUGUUGAAUUCUCUGCUGCAUUAUGGGAGAUUUAGUCCACAGCCUAGAGCCAACAAACGCUACGCGGACUCUUAACAUGGACUCUGACCCUAAUUGAAGUGGAGAACUCACACAAACUGUACGCUAUAGUUGAAGAAGAUAGACAGGUGGUCCACCAUUCAACAGAUCAUCGCUCUGAUGUAUUCAAUUUAAGAUGCACACCUGUCCCACCUCCUCAAACCACGCCCUCUGACCGCUUCAGGAAGCCAUCUGAUUGGUUGACUGACUGAGGUGAACCUGACUGUGACAGAAUAAUAUGCCACAUCUGCUGAGAAGCUUUUAUUGUGAAAAUCUACUUUAAACGGUUUCCUGCCUUCAGCCUUCGCUUGCACAGCUAAAGCUCAGCCCCGUAUUUACCCAUGAUGCAACAGAUUGUGCCAUAGAAACCAGAUGAACAGAUCUUCAGCUCCUGGCAUUUCAUCAGAUAAACUAAAGUCUCAACAGGAACAGAGGGAACGCUGCAACAGGACAAACUGGAAGUAAACCAUUCAAACAAGUUUAAUUUAUGGAGUUUAAGAAAGUGAUCUUGAUGGUUUUGAUGCCAUCUCCUGACUGCCAUCAAUCAGGCUGUUUGACUGAACUUUGCUUCAGACCUCUGUCUGUGGUAGAUGUUCUACAGGAGAACCCUUCAAAACAAAAGCCCAACUCAGAACAGGAAGCUGUUGAGUUGGACUCUGCAGGAAGUCUUCAGUGGUUAACACCUGUUUCCUCACUGUCACGUCAAACUAUUUCAACCUGUUUGUUUCCUGAUGCCACUUCUUGUCACAUGUUGCAGUUUUUCACAACAUUCUAACGUUUUCAGAGGGAGAGCAGAUUUAUGCUGGUUGUUUCAGGUACAACUGGACACCGGGUUCUGUCGUGCUCAUCAGGUUAAGCAUCUUAUUGGGGUUACGUCUUACCUGGAUCUGUCACCAUGGUAACUGAUGCAGGUUCAUGUCCUCCCUGAGUCUGUCACCAUGGUAACUGGUUGUGGUUUGUGAGUUUGAAGAUCAGAUACUAACAUCCAUUAACAAAUCUCUGAGCUCAAAGUUUCUUUCUCUUCAAACUGUCCCAGACUCACAUCUCUUGGAUUGAAGCGAGCUGUGCUGCUCACAGUCGGGUCUUCUUGGCUUGAACAACACCCCAGCCACCUACUGAUCCUCCUAUGUGUGAUCAGUUAUCAGCAAGUCCAACUAGCCAUGUAGCCAUCUUGGUCCAACAAUUUCGCCAGAACAUCCUGAUCCAAACUGAGUGCACCCUUUCCAGCUUCUAACCUGAAUAUAGAUGAUAAACCCAGUUAUUACAUAACUUUAACAGAACCUAUCUUUUUGUUUAUAUCUUUUUGUGGUUUUAAUGUCUUGAAAGGCAAAAUAAUAAUCCUCAAUGUCUUCAUACUCUUCUGACGAUAGUUUGGGUUUCUCUGAACAUCUGCUACCAGAACCAGCUCCUUCUCAGACAACUAUCAGCACCAGGUCAAUUAGACUACUGUGGACUCCUGAAGGUCACGCCCACUGACUGCAAAUCCAAAUAUGAUUGGUUGAUCAAAAACGUUCAUCAGUUUGGUAUUUAUUGCUGAAGGGACUCGGACCAGGACAUACAGUAGAACACCCGGAGCCGACAAAACCACAGAUGAGAAUUUGAUUGGUUUAUUAUCCUAAUACAAAAUGACUUUAAGGCUCAGAGCUAAAAAAAACUUAUUUGACAUAGAAUCAAUGCUCUGAUUAUGUGAAUUUAUUUAUAAAAUGUAUGUUUUUACUUCCAGUCAGUUUCCUCUUUCUAUACCUUGAAGACCCUGAUGGCCCGCCACUGCGAACCAACCAGAACAUGUUUUCUGUGUCGCCCCCUGCUGGCCUGAACGCUUUAUCUCUGCAGAUGGUGCUGUAGUGAUGAGCAGAGUAACUUGUUUCUGUUCCCAUCCUCCUCCAUGCUUCGCUGUGAUUGGUCUUUCUCUUCUAGCUCCGCCUGUUUUACCCCGAACAUUCACAGGUAGUUAGGUACCUGGGUUGACUUAACCAGGUCAUAACCAGCUUCGUGCAGAUAGAUCUCUCAAAGAAAACCCAGAUAUGUUGAACCUGCUUGGUGGAACCGGACCCUGGUUAACCCACAGAUGACACUUGUGGACCCCAGUACUGACUGUUCCUGUGCUCUGUUCUUUGUUCCAUCAUAACAUUAUUGAGAAAACCUUCUGGAAGUGUCUGGGUUGAUCUAAAAGAAGAAUUUUUAUUUGAGGAAAUUUGCUCUUUCUGAUCUCAUCGUCAUUUGUUUCUUUUAAAUGUGACUCAUUUCUGUAUUUGUCGACUCAGUCAGACUCAACCAGUACGCACCCUGGUGUCUGGUUUUCUUUUUUCAUCAUUCUGUCUCUUUACCAUCUGAAAUGUAUUAAAAUUAAGAAACAAACUCA